CUUUUUCUUUUUAUUAGAUUAUAGUUGAUGCAAAAUGAGUGUUCCUGACUACAUGCAGUGUGCUGAGGACCAUCAGACUCUUCUGGUUGUGGUCCAGCCAGUUGGGAUUGUCCCUGAAGAAAACUUUUUUAGGAUCUACAAACGAAUUUCAACCGUGAGUCAGAUUAACGUCCGUGACUCCCAGCGUGUGCUGUAUAUCCGCUAUAGACAUCACUACCCUCCGGAAAACAAUGAAUGGGGAGAUUUUCAGACUCAUCGGAAAGUUGUGGGACUCAUAAUUGUAACAGACUGUACCUCUGCAAAGGAUUGGCCCCAAACUUUUGAAAAAUUCCACCACCAGAAGGAAAUAUAUGGUUCUACACUGUAUGAUUCCCGAUUGUUUGUCUUUGGACUUCAAGGAGAGGUUGCUGAGCAGCCCCGCACAGAUGUGGCAUUUUACCCUAAUUAUGAUGAAUGUGAAACGAUUGAAAAGAGGAUAGAAGAUUUUAUUGAAUCUCUCUUCAUUGUCCUGGAGUCCAAACGUCUUGACAGGGCCACUGAUAAAUCUGGUGACAAGAUCCCACUUUUGUGUGUACCUUUUGAAAAAAAGGACUUUGUAGGUCUGGACACUGAUAGUAGACAUUAUAAGAAGCGUUGUCAAGGUCGGAUGCGGAAACAUGUCGGUGAUCUCUGUCUUCAAGCUGGGAUGUUACAAGAUUCCUUAGUACAUUAUCAUAUGGCUGUGGAACUUCUGCGGUCUGUAAACGACUUUUUGUGGCUUGGAGCUGCUCUUGAAGGUUUAUGCUCAGCAUCCGUUAUCUAUCAUUACCCUGGUGGCACAGGAGGUAAAGUGGGGGCGCGUAGGUCACAAGGUAGUUCUCUUCCCCCUGAAGCAGGAAACAGACACAGACCAGGGGCACAAGAAGUCCUCAUUGAUCCAGGUGCCCUCACUUCAAAUGGUAUAAAUGCAGAUACCAGUGCUGAAAUAGGACGUGCCAAAAACUGCCUUGGCCCUGAAGACAUCAUAGAUAAAUAUAAAGAGGCCAUUUCUUACUACAGCAAGUACAAAAAUGCUGGUGUGAUUGAGUUGGAAGCCUGUGUGAAGGCAGUGAGAGUCCUAGCAAUACAGAAAAGAAGCAUGGAAGCUUCUGAGUUUCUUCAGAAUGCAGUUUAUAUCAACCUUCGUCAGCUUUCUGAAGAAGAAAAAAUCCAGCGUUACAGCAUUCUUUCUGAGCUGUAUGAACGUAUUGGAUUUCACCGAAAGUCUGCUUUCUUCAAGCGUGUAGCAGCAAUGCAAUGUGUGGCACCUAGCAUAUCAGAGCCUGGUUGGCGGGCCUGCUACAAACUGCUUUUGGAGACAUUACCUGGUUAUAGUCUGUCUUUGGAUCCAAAGGACUUCAGCAAAGGGACUCAUAAAGGAUGGGCUGCAGUGCAAAUGCGUUUGCUUCAUGAAUUAGUGUAUGCUUCAAGAAGAAUGGGGAAUCCUGCUCUUUCUGUCCGACAUUUGUCCUUCCUUCUCCAAACUAUGCUGGAUUUUCUCUCUGAUCAAGAAAAGAAAGAUGUAACACAGAGCUUGGAAAACUACACGUCAAAAUGUCCUGGUACGAUGGAGUUCAUCACACUUCCAGAAGGUUUGAGGUUACCCCCUGUGCCAUUCACCAAGCUGCCUAUUGUAAGAUCUGUUAAACUCUUGAACCUCCCCAUUAGUCUUCGACCACAAAAGAUGAAAAGCUUGCUGGGUCAGAACAUGUCAGCCAAAAGUCCCUUCAUAUACUCUCCAAUUAUUGCGCACAAUCGUGGAGAAGAGCGAAGUAAGAAAAUAGACUUCCAGUGGGUCCAAGGAGAUGUAUGUGAAGUUCAGCUGAUGGUGUACAAUCCAAUGCCAUUUGAACUCAGAGUAGAAAAUAUGGGUCUUCUGACAACUGGAGUAGAAUUUGAAUCUCUCCCAGCUGCUCUUUCUCUACCUGCUGAAUCUGGCCUCUAUCCGGUGACCCUUGUUGGUGUUCCUCAGACUACUGGGCAGAUCACUAUCAAUGGUUAUCAUACUUCAGUCUUUGGAGUCUUCAGUGAUUGUCUUCUGGAUAACCUGCCAGGAAUAAAGACCAAUGGCUGCGCUGUAGAAGUCAUUCCAGCUUUGCCAAGGCUGCAGAUCAGUACCUCUCUACCAAGGUCUGCUCACACACUUCAGCCUUCCUCAGGCAAUGAAAUUUCCACCAGUGUAUCUGUCCAGCUUUACAAUGGAGAGACUCAGCAACUUGUCAUUAAAUUAGAAAAUAUUGGAACCGAACCUCUGGAGAAACUGGAAGUCACAGCAAAAACUGUCAACACCAAAGAAAAGCUCUAUGGUGAGUUCCUGAGUUGGAAGCUAGAAGACACCCUAUCCCAGUUUCCUCUCAAACCUGGAAAGAUUGCAACAUUUAAUGUAAACAUUAAAGUGAAGCUAGACUUCUCCUGUCAGGAAAGCCUUCUGCAAGACCUCAGUGAUGAUGGAAUAAGUGUUAGUGGACUACCUCUUUCCAGUCCUUUUCGACAGAUUGUCAAACCACGAGUUGAGAGCAAACCUAUGAAUCCAGCUGAAAGCUGUAAGGUUGGUGACUUCAGUCAUGUAAAGACACUGGAAGCCAUUUUGAAUUUCAAAUACUCUGGGGGACCAGGGCAUGUUGAUGGCUAUUACAGGAACCUCUCUCUGGGCCUUCAUGUGGAAGUGGAGCCAUCUGUCUUCUUUACACAUGUCAGUACCCUUCCUGCAACAAGCACCCGACAAUGCCAUCUACUCCUUGAUGUCUUCAAUUCAACUGAACAUGAGCUGACCGUUAGUGCUAAAAACAAUGAGGACCUAGUUCUUCAUGCAGGGGAAUGUCAGCGAAUGGCUAUCCAAGUUGACAAGUUUAAUUUUGAGAGUUUCCCAGACUCCCCUGGUGAAAGGAUACAAUUUGCAAACCCAAAGCAACUGGAAGAAGAGAGACAGCAGGCGAAAGGUUUGGAGAUCAACAGCAAAUUGGACGUUUGCUGGAAAAUACCUUCUUUGAAGCGUAAAGGUGAAGCAAGUGUAGAAGGAGUUCUUAAUCAACUGGUCCUGGAGCAUCUGCAGUUGGCUCCUCUCCAGUGGGAUGUCUUGGUGGAUGGAAAGGCCUGUGACUGUGAUAUUGUAGUGGACUGCAAAGUCGGGGAUCCCAUCGCUUUGGAGGUGAAGCUGACCAACUGGAGCAAACGCAGCGUGGGCCCAUUUGCUCUAACAGUGAUCCCGUACCAGGAUUACCAAAAUGGAGUGCACAACUAUGAGCUCCAUGAUGCUAUCACCUUUGUUGGAUCCAACACCUUUUAUAUUGAUUCAGUGAAGCCAUCCGAAAACUCCGUGUGCUUCGGCGCUCUGCUCUUUCUGUACACGGGGGAUUUUUACCUGCAUAUCAAGUUUCAUGAAGACCACUCCAGCAGGGAGCUUCCUCUCUCUUGGUUCUGCCUGCCCAGUGUUCACAUUCAUGCUGUGGAGCCUGUGAUCCAGACUAAACUGUAAAUGUACCGUAUGAUAUUGGAUUAGCCACAGUGCACACAAACACUUGACACGUCCUCUGCUUGACCCCACUUUCUUUCCCGCCACAGGCCUUUCUUUACAGGCACAGCUGAACACUCUUAGAAUGGACUCAAGUCAUUUGGGCAGCUGGCGUUGCUUAUUUGGAAAGGAAUGAUGGAAUAUAAUGAACUGGAUUCCUCGCCCCCCCCCCCCCCCCCCCGC